AUGUCGAGCUCAACACCUCCUCAUUGCUGGACUCCCAUGACCAAGAUGCACACAUCUCUCUUGAUUACAACAGUUCAGAGACGUAAGAUCAAGACCCAGUCCAGUGACACCCCCAAUGGGCCUCAGCAGCGCAAUGGAAUCGACUGUGGAGUCCUUAUACUGCCCAACGCCUUGCACAUCAUGAUGAAGAUCCACGGGGACAAGGGAAAGGCGCCAAGCUCUCGUACGAUGAAUGGGCCCGACGAGAGUGUGAGACAGGCCUGGUCAAACAACAUGACCAAAAGACAGCGCGUCAUGGUUUCGAACAAUAAUUCUUUGACGAAGGAGUACUCGGGUCAUUGGAAGGACUGUCUGGAGCUCAUCCAAGCGCUUAAAGGGCUACAGUCUGCAGAGGAACAAUCCAAGGGAAAUGCUGCGCUGAUACGGAGCAUCAACCAUCGCAGAGCAUUAAUUGGUCUCCUCUCGGCCAUUGAGACCAUGAAUGACUUAGAGCAGCGUUGCUUCAAAUUCGAGCGGACGAUCCUUGGACGCCUGCGACAGCGCCACAAUCACCUUGGCUGGUCCGACAUGGCCCUAGAUGCUGCUUUGAAAGGCAUCAACAUGGAAGUCAGCGACGUCCAGGAUCGCCUGAGACGUCCUGAGGCAGCUCUUGAACAGAUUGUUCUACAAGGCUAG